AAACCCCGCCAAGGUGAAAUUCCUCUGCGGACAUGGUUAUUCAUAGACGGCUACUUAAACCACAGUAGAAGCUUCUCAUUCAUUGACCCAAACAUUCGUACUUCGGAAGGACUUUCGGCGUGAUUCCAGUAACUCAUAUUCCGACCAUGAACUUCAUUCCCAUCCUGGUCUGUGUCUUGCCUGCAUUAUUAUCAACAGGAUAUUCUCUUUCUUGCAUCAGCUGCGUCAGCACUAACGGAGAUACCUGCACCGGUCCUAAUGUGACCUGUCCCCAGUAUUCCGACCGCUGUUCAUCCAUCUACACAAAGACCAACAUUUUACCUUAUGGAUUGACAACGAUGUCCAUUGUAAGAGGAUGCGGCUACUCAAAAGAAUGCGCGGAGCCCACCAAGACUCUCAAUAACCAGUUUAUGUCGGUAGAUAUUUGUACGAGCUGCUGUGAGGGGGAUAACUGCACCCCCGUCAAGCCCAAAGCUCCUUCUAGUAACCCAACCCCCAAUGGACUUCAAUGCCCUUCUUGUUUUGCACUAAUGUCGGACAAGUGUGCAGCGAUGAACACAACCCAGUGCGCGGGAGGAGAGAAUAAAUGUGUUUCUUACGUGAUCAACUCUGUCUUCAGAGGACCAUUCUUGGCCAUGUCCGGCUGCGCGACUGAAAACCUCUGUUCUAAUUACAACGGAACCACUACAUCGAGCGAAGUCGGGGAGAUGAAAGUUGACAUUGCAUGCAUGAACGCCACCGUCGUUCCAAGCACUAGCGCCACGACUGCUUUCCAAAAUUGGAAGACUGAAACUUCUGAAGGAACGGAGGCUAAUGCCACGUCUGUAAAAAUUUGUGCAGGCAUGACUACAACCACCACUGUCAGUAAGAAAAGCGAUAACAUGAGAAAUGCAUGCAGCAUGCUCUCCUCCAUCAAUGUUACUCUUCUUCUUACCUUCGUCGUGGCUUAUAUGUUCUACUAACAUACCCUACAGAAGGGAAUCCAUGGUCUACUCUCCAACCAUGCUGUCCUUUGAACACACUCUGCUCCGGUAAACUAAUUAAAGGGACAGUCAAUAAAAAAAGAAGGAAAAUCUGACCAUGUCCAUGGGAUAGAUUAUGAAAUUACUAACAGAUACCUCAACGAGCUAAAUGGCUAUGAUUUGAUAGCUGGCGAUAGAUUAGAAGACCAUAGCGGUUGACCGUAUGUAUUUUGAAGAAUAAAAGUAAUAUUCUAAUCAUAAAAAUUCAACUUUGGUUGAUUUGUCAUUGUUCUAAUUAUGAUUUUUUUUUCCUAAAUGCACUGUAUUGAUCUUUAAUCAAUGAAAUAAAUAUCUACACCUUA